CCGAGGGGGCGGUGUUCAGCCUCCAACAAGGCAUGGCGGCCACAGCAGUCAGCUGUUAGUCGGGGAGGAGCUGGGUGUGCUUCUGCUGGAUGACUCACUCACUCCCUGCGCACACUCAUUCACACACAGCGCGCUCGCUUAUUAAACGCACACGCUUGCAUGUUCGAGUGAGCGCAGAGGGCAACAAGAGGAGCGCUUCCUGCUCGGACGGGCCGCUCAGUCUCCACUGGAGGGCGAGAGCUGCAGGAGCACCGCCGGGACCGCACGGAGGAGAGACGCCGAGGAGGAGACACCAUCAGCGGGGGGCCGCGGAGAGGAGGCAGCUGGGAAACGACAGAGGAGAGAGGACAGGAGAAAGAGAAGUGGACUCUUCUCAGCAUCCUUCCUUCCUUCCUCCUCUUCCCCUCAUCGGAUUAAAAGAGGCUGCUGCUGUCAAAGCACGCUGGCUGAGCCAUGAGCGCAUCCCGCUGAGCCUGAUUGGUGCACAACUGAGUGGCCGAGUGCUGUCCGUCACCGUUUCCCUCCCCUUCCCCUCGUUUUGCUGUCUGUCACUGGGUUUGUGAGCAGCCAUGACAAAGUCCUAUGAGUUCAACUGGCAGAAGCACGUACCCGACUUCCUGCAGGACGGCGCCUCCUUCGACAGGUUUGAUGAGGACCCAUAUAUCUUUGAGCCCAACUGUCAGGUGAAGGUGGACGAGUAUGGCUUUUUCAUCACCUGGAAGAGCGAAGGAAAGGAAGGCCAGGUACUGGAGUGUUCCCUCAUCAACAGUAUUCGCGUCGGUGCCGUCCCAAAGGACCCAAAGAUCCUGUCGUCAUUCGAGGCCAUCGGGAAGACGGAGGCCGACCUGGAGGGCUGCAUCAUCUGCAUCUGCAGCGGCGCCGACCUGGUCAACCUCAGCUUCAUGUUCAUGGUGGCGGAGAACCCGGACACCGCCAGGAAAUGGACGGAGGGACUGAGGUCGGUGAUUCACAACUUCAAGGCCAACAACGUGUGCCCGAUGACGUGCCUGAAGAAGCACUGGAUGAGAAUGUGCGUCCUGACCAACGUUAACGGCAAGAUUCCCGUGAGAGGGAUUACACGGACAUUUGCGUCAGGGAAGACGGAGAAGGGGAUUUUUCAGGCUUUGAAGGACUUGGGCCUUCCUAGCGGCAAGAAUGACGAGAUUGAGCCAUCAGCGUUCACAUUCGACAUUUUCUACGCACUCACACAGAAGAUCUGUCCGCGCACAGACAUAGAGGACCUCUUCAAGAAGAUCAAUGGGAGCAAAAGUGAUUAUUUAACUGUAGACCAGUUAGUCAGCUUUCUGAAUGAAAACCAGCGGGAUCCCCGGCUAAACGAGAUCCUGUUCCCGUUCUACGACCCCAAGAGAGCCACGCAGAUCAUAGACAAAUACGAGAGGGAUGACGAGCUGAAGAAGAAAGGCCUCAUGUCCAGCGAUGGCUUCUGCAGGUACCUGAUGUCGGACGAGAACGCUCCGGUCUUCCUGGACCGGCUGGAGCUGUACCAGGACAUGGACCAGCCUCUGGCCCACUACUUCAUCAGCUCGUCACACAACUCCUACCUGACGGGGCGACAGUUUGGAGGGAAGUCGUCGGUGGAGAUGUAUCGCCAGGCCCUGCUGUCGGGAUGCAGAUGCGUGGAGCUGGACUGCUGGGACGGCAAAGGCGAGGACCAGGAGCCCAUCAUCACUCACGGCAAGGCCAUGUGCACCGACAUCCUGUUCAAAGACGUCAUCCAAGCCAUCAAAGAGACGGCAUUUGUCACGUCAGAGUUUCCUGUCAUUUUAUCUUUUGAAAACCACUGCAGUAAACCACAACAGUACAAGAUGGCCAAGUAUUGUGAGGAGAUCUUUGGGGACUUCCUCCUGAAACAACCCCUGGAGAACUUCCCGAUUGAAGCUGGACGCCCUCUCCCCUCGCCAAAUGAACUCAGACGUAAAAUCCUCAUCAAAAACAAACGCUUGAAACCCGAAGUGGAACAGAAGCAGCUGGAGGCCUUCAAGAAGCACAUGGAGGCGGGCGAAACCAACACCACCGCAAUCAUCAUGGGAGAGGAGAACGAGGACGAAACAGAGAACGGAGAAAAGGAGGCCGAGGACAAGGAUGUGACGUCGGAGGCUCCCAGCAGCUUGUCGGAGGCGGCCAGCGACAAAGAGGCCAAUAGUGACACGCAGUCCAACGCUGUGAGCGCCAAGAAGGAUGAGGAGCGCAGCAACAGUAUCAAGAAGGUGCCUGAAGAUGAUGCAACUGAGGCGUCAGAAGCUACAGAAACUGCAGACGCCACAGAUAUCUCAGAGGCGUCCGACCCAGACAACAACAAGAAGGGUGGCGACGGCUCAGAGGACUUGGAGGAGGCUCUCAUCGCUCAGUACACGUACGUGGGCGCCACCACCAACAUCCACCCCUACCUGUCCGCCAUGGUCAACUACGCACAGCCCGUCAAGUUCCAGAGUUUCGACGUGGCUGAGGACAAAAACAUCCACCACAACAUGUCGUCUUUCAAUGAGUCGGUGGGUCUGGGCUACCUGAAGACCAACGCCAUUGAAUUUGUCAACUACAACAAGCGUCAGAUGAGCCGUAUCUACCCCAAAGGGGGCCGAGUGGACUCCAGUAAUUACAUGCCUCAGAUCUUCUGGAACGCAGGCUGCCAGAUGGUCUCGCUCAACUUCCAGACCCCAGAUCUGGCUAUGCAGUUGAACCAGGGCAAGUUUGAAUACAACGGCUCAUGCGGGUAUCUGCAGAAGCCUGACUUCAUGCGGCGGUCCGACCGGAUGUUUGACCCUUUUUCCGAGACGCCGGUAGACGGCGUCAUUGCCGCCACCUGCAGCGUACAGGUGUUCUCGGGCCAGUUCCUGUCCGACAAGAAGAUCGGCACGUACGUGGAGGUGGACAUGUACGGCCUCCCGACCGACACCAUCCGCAAAGAGUUCCGCACGCGCAUGGUCAUGAACAACGGCCUCAACCCCGCCUACAACGAGGAACCCUUCGUCUUCAGAAAGGUGAUCCUGCCGGACCUGGCGGUGCUGCGCCUGGCGGUGUACGACGACAACAACAAGCUGAUUGGCCAGCGCAUCCUGCCCCUGGACGGCCUGCAGGCCGGCUACCGUCACAUCUCCCUGAGGAACGAGGGCAACAAGCCCCUCUCCUUGCCCACCAUCUUCUGCCAGAUCAUCCUCAAGACCUACGUGCCCGACGGCUUCGGAGCCAUCGUGGACGCUCUCUCAGACCCAAAGAAGUUUCUGACCAUCGCGGAGAAGAGAGCUGACCAGAUGAAAGCGCUCGGCAUCGACACGAACGACAUUGCAGACGUUCCCAGCGGAAGCUCCAAGAACGACAAGAAGGGGAAAGGCAAAGGGGACACGGUGAAGGCCAACGUGACGCCUCAGACCAGCUCGGACAUGGCCCAGACCUCCAACGCCGCCCAGAACAACACGGCAGAGACCAAGAAGGAUAAUGCACUGGUGCCCAACGUCAGCAUUGAUGACCUGAAACAAAUGAAGACGUACCUGAAACUGAUCAAGAAGCAGCAGAAGGAGCUCAGCACCUUGAAGAAGAAACACUCAAAGGAUCAAAACAUCAUGCAGAAGGCGCACUGCACGCAGGUGGACAAGAUGGUGUCUGCACACGACAAGGAGAAGACCAUCUUGGAGAAACUGCUGGACAAGGCCAUGAAGAAACGAGGGGAAAACAACUGCCAAGAUCUGAAGAAGGAAACCGAAGACAAAAUCCAGAUGCUGGUGACUGAUCACAAGGCUAAGGUGAAGGACAUGACGGCGCAGCACACCAAGGAGUGGUCGGAGCUGAUCGGCAGCCACGGCAACGAGGAGCAGGAGAUGAAGGACAACCACGUCACUCAGCAGUGCGAAAACCUCAAGAAGCUGCUGAGCGGCGUCCAGGAGCAGCAGACCGGGCAGCUCAAACUCAUCCAUGAGCGGCAGAGUAAAGACAUGCGAGCCAAUCAGGCUAAGAUGUCCAUGGAGAACAGCAAAGCCAUCAGUCAGGACAAGAGCAUCAAAAACAAGGCGGAGAGAGAAAGGAGAGUACGAGAGCUGAACAGCAGCAACACCAAGAAGUUCAUGGAUGAGAGGAAGCGACUGGCCAUGAAGCACCAGAAGGAAAUGGAGCAGCUGGAGAAAAGCCAGAGAGAGCAGGUGGAGAAACUGGACAAGUUCAAUGAGCAGCUUUUGACAUCCCACCAUGCAAACAAACAAAAGCUUGCAGGCCAAGGACAUGCAGCAGAUGGCCAAGUUGGAGGAGGAGAUGCAGCGCAGACCCACCACGGUGGUCUGAGCGCUUGACACGCACCUCAACACCCGUCUGUCCACACACAAACACACUGUAGCCCCGCCCCCUCGCCGUGUCUACUGGUAACUCAGCCCCCUCUCUCACACACACACACACACACACACACACACACACACACACACACACACACACACACGUACUGGGUUUGGACCACUGAGCCGCCAUCACAAACACGCCAGAAAGGGAGCGCUCGUCACCAUUUUCCAGUUCUUUUUCCUCCAUGGCGCCCCCUGUGGAUUGUGGUCAGCAUUCACCAAAUUGUUACUUAUGGACAAUUUUGCUUGAUGGCGGCCAUGUUUUUGAACCAGUCUUGCUCAAAUUUGACACGCACGUGCUUGUCCGUCCCCUAAAGGUGCGGACCAAAUUUCGUGGCGAAGCGGCUAAGCACCCUGAAAUUACGGCAGGUGUUUUGUAGCGCACGCCUGGGAAAUUUCAAUUCAGUUCCACGUAUGGGGUUUAAUAACAGCGCCACCAUGUGGUGUAUUUGUCAAAAAAGUAAUAGCACAGGCAACACAGUCGGGGGGCAUGUUUUGACCAAUUUUCACAUUUGAAUGUGCAGCACUUCACGAGAAGAAGAGUUUCUUCAUAUAUCAUAUAUACUACAUGAUAUACCAUGCAUACUUUAUGUUAACACAUAGAAUAUCAAAUUUUGACAUAUUUUAUUGAUUUACUUCAACAAAUUCAUCACUCAGUGUGUUUAGAAAAUAUACAAUAACAGUUAAGAAAUGGCAAGCAAGGUUGAUGUUGAAAAACUACAAAAAUGGCCGCCCAAACGCUUUGUCACUUUUUUUUCCCCAACAAAGUGCUCCUUUUAUUUAUGUCAUGAAAACUAAUGUAAUUUACUGACACGCACGCACGCGCACACACACGCACGCACACACACGCACGCACACACACACACACACACACACAGCUGCUUGUUAAGCAACGUAACUGGGUCACCAUGGCAACAGAGCAUCCACAACCAAAUAUGUCCACACAAAGAAACAAUUAGUUUUAUUUUCCUGUGCCCUGCCCCCCCCUAACAGCUAACGACUAAAAUGGGUUUCAAAAAGAGAAAAAGUGCUUUUAUUCCCCGGCUUUGCAGCGUGCCACUCUUCUUGUCUGUUGUUAAGAUGUUUAUUCCAGUUUUUCAUUCUGUUUUGCCAUAAAAUGCCAAAAUUAAAGGGUUAUUUAUAUGAAGAUAUACAUAUAUAAAUAAAUGAACAUAUAUAUUAUAUAUAUUAGAUAUGUUGUAGUUUUAAAGGUUGUUUAUUAGAGGCUUUUAUUUUUCUUUAUGUCAACCUUGUCUUUCUAGUCGCUCCACAGGCAAAUUAUUUUUGCUAAAUUCUCCUUCUUUGCUUGUUUGCUCUCCUUUUCAUGGUAGCUCUCCACCCAACUAUACUGUGCAUGUUUUCAUCUUUGUUUUUAUUUUGUAUUUCUAUUCUUAUCGUACUGUUCUUGUAACUUCUAGCAAAGAAGAUGCGGUUGUUACCCGGCUCCUUUAAUACUGUUUUAUAGUAUGUGUACCAAUAAACCAAGGUGGAACAUGGGA